ACGGGAGCGGGUCUGGAUUGGGGGAAGGGAGGGGUGACAGCGCCUGCGUUGCUGGAGAUACCGCGCCAGACGGGACGGUAUGACCCUGCCCGGCAGCACAUCAUGUAGGUGAAGCGUGCGACUCGGCGGAGAGGGGCGUGGGCUACUGUGUGGGCUGGUAACACCCCUCCCCGCCGACCCUCCAGAGAGCUUAUGAAGAGGGGCAGGCAGUAUAAGUACCGCCGCAGCCCCCUUGACGUUCUCCCUCCCGCCCGGCUGAUUUCUCUUCGUCCUCCAUACUCUACUCACUUUCGCCUUGCCUUGGAACCUUGCGGACCGAUACCUAGACAAAGAGAGCUCGUAGACAGCACUAUGGCUCCCGUCAUCAAGCUCAACAGCGGCUAUGACAUGCCCCAGGUGGGCUUCGGCCUCUGGAAGGUCGACAGCGCCGUUGCCGCCGAUGUCGUCUACAACGCCAUCAAGGCUGGAUACCGCCUCUUCGAUGGCGCCUGCGAUUACGGCAACGAGGUUGAGUGCGGCAAGGGCGUGGCCCGCGCCAUCCAGGAGGGGCUCGUGAAGCGUGAGGAGCUCUUCAUUGUCUCCAAGCUUUGGAACACGUUCCAUGACAAGGAGCGCGUCGAGCCCAUUGUCAGGAAGCAGCUGGCCGACUGGGGGCUCGAGUACUUCGAUCUCUACCUCAUCCACUUCCCCGUCGCCCUCGAGUACGUCGACCCUUCGGUUCGCUACCCGCCCGGCUGGCACUAUGACGGCAAGUCCGAGAUCCGCCGCAGCAACGCCACCAUCCAGGAGACGUGGACCGCCAUGGAGUCCCUUGUUGAGAGCGGCCUCGCCAAGAGCAUCGGCAUCUCCAACUUCCAGGCCCAGCUGAUCUACGAUCUCCUGCGGUACGCCAAGAUCCGCCCGGCCACCCUCCAGAUCGAGCACCACCCCUUCCUCGUCCAGCAGGAGCUUCUCAACCUCGCCAAGCAAGAGGGCAUCGCCGUCACCGCCUACAGCUCCUUCGGCCCUGCCAGCUUCCUCGAGUUCAACAUGCAGCACGCCGUCAAGCUCACCCCCCUCAUGGAGGACGAGACCAUCAAGAAGAUCGCGGCCAAGUACAACCGCGCCCCGUCCCAGGUCCUGCUCCGCUGGGCCACCCAGCGCGGCCUCGCCGUCAUCCCCAAGAGCGUCAGGCAAGAGACCAUGAUCUCCAACCUGCACUGCACCGACUUUGACCUCUCCGACGAGGACAUUGCCACCAUCUCCUCCUUCGACCGCGGCAUCCGCUUCAACCAGCCCUCGAACUACUUCCCCACCGAGCUCCUCUGGAUCUUUGGCUAAAUACACUUCCUGGCAGCCGCGAGUGCGGGGAGGGCGGGCGCAAAUGCGGUCCCGCCCCGGCCAGACUGGCCAACCGCCAGAACAGGGCGAGACACGGCCAUCGCUGUGUCUGUUCUGUUCUGC